AUGACGGAGUCAAAGGAUCUGGAGCAGCUUCCAGGCUGUCAGCAUUUUGAAAGUGUUGAUACGGAGAAGAAUCUACAACAAUGUAUCGUUCCGGAGACAAGACAGUCAUUGAUUCGAAAGAAGUUUGACCGCCGAGUACUUCCGAUAGUCUGCAUACUCUAUGUUCUUUCUUACUUAGAUCGAGGCAACAUUGGCAAUGCAAAAUCAGCUGGAAUCGACAAGGAUCUUGGGCUGGAUGACUAUCAAUGGUCAUGGGUACUGUAUACAUUCUACAUUUGCUACAUUGUUUUCGAAUGGACUACUGUCUUGUGGAAAAUCCUCCCCGCUCACUCAUAUAUCGCUGUACUUUGUAUCUGUUGGGGUGCUGCAGCUAUGUGCAGCGGGGCGGUCACCAAUUUCGCUGAACUACUCGUCUGUCGAGGGUUGCUAGGUGUUUUUGAAUCCGUUUUUGGUUGUGGUGCACCCUACUUCCUAUCUCUAUUUUAUCAGAGAAAAGAAUUGGGAUUCCGGCUAUCAAUGCUAUUGGGUAUGUCUCCGGUCGCCAACUGCUUCGCUUCGGCUCUUGCGUACGGCAUAACGCAGAUUAAAGGCAGCCUAGAGCCAUGGCGCUACCUUUUCAUUAUUGAGGGUGCACCAACUGUCUUGUUCUCGGUUGUGGUAUUCUUCUUCCUUGCCGAUUCCCCUGGCUCCGCCAAAUUUCUCACCGAGUCCGAGCAAACAGAGGCUGUUGAACGGCUUCAAACAAUGGAUCGAACUGCCAAAAAUGAAGUGCACUGGCAGCAAGUGCUUAGCGGAUUGAAAGACUACAAAAACUAUGUCCAUAUGACUAUUCACUUCUGCUGCAACUAUUCCUUCGCUGGUCUUUCCAACUUCCUACCGACUAUCCUCGAGACAAUGGGGUACAACUCAAUCAAUGCACAGGGUCUGGCAGCUCCGCCUUACCUCGGAUCAUUCAUAUGUUGUGUUACUGCCGCACUCGUAUCAGAUCGAUGGGGGAAUCGUGGCUGGGUGAUUACAUUUUUCGCAUCCAUGGGCACAGUUGGCUAUCUCAUCUUGACCUGCGUGCAAGACGAGACCCACACUGGGGCAAGAUAUGCGGGAAUUUGGCUUGCAACUUGCGGAAUAUUUCCAGCACUCGCUAUUAAUAUUACCUGGAUGCUCAAUAACCAAGGGGGAGAAAGCAAAAAGGGUGCCGGCAUGGCUCUUCUGGCUGUCUUUGGCCAGUGCUCCAGUCUGAUCAGUUCCUCUGUCUUCCCGGAUAGGUGUGCUUUGGGCUGUGCUUUCACUGGCUUGAUUGCGAUACUCGCGGUUGGGUUGCACAUAGAUUUGACAAUGGAGAAUAAGAGGCGCGAUCGCGAGUACGGGGAGGUCAACGAGCACGACCGGGUUGAUGUGACCGAUGGUGGCGACAAUAACAAGAACUUCAGAUAUUUGACUUGA